AGAACAGAUUUCAGUGAGCUAAAAAAUUAUUAAUUUGAUGUAUUCUUGCUAUUUAACACUUUGCCCACCUAAAAGGUUCAUGCCUUGAGACAUGAAGAGAUAAUCACAUGUAGCCUCGAUGAAGAAAUACUAUCGCUCGUUAAAAAAAAUAUCUGUACCAUUUUUGCUGCUUGUGUGUUAAAUAUGUUAUUUAACCAUACAAUUUAUCAGGUUUAAAUUGUUUAAAUUAAGAAACAGCCCUUUUGACAGCAUAAUAUCCAUUCUGUCACAUGGUAUGGUACUGAUUUGGUGUUUCAUUUCAUUAAUAUUUUAGUUGAAAAUGACCGUAUAAAUAAUACAAAAUACAUAAUUGAUUUAAAUUUCGGACGUACAAGAAUAUUGAAAAUUACCCAUAAUUUGUUACAGGAAAUACCGCAGGUGAUAUGGAAGCAUAUUAGAAUACUAUCAUUAGCCAUGAGAAUGUCUCAGAUGAUAGAUGAUUUUUCGUUUGAAUUAUGCAUAAUGUCCACUUAGAUUUAGUUUAAAUUCAGGAUUUAUCGAUGAGCUUCGUCAUUUGGAUUUUGGACGACAGCAAGAAACAACAAUAAAAAAUAUAAAAAAUGGUUCUAUCCAUGGAAAGAUGGAUUGGGAAAGUAGCUGUAGUAACUGGUGCUAGUUCCGGAAUAGGUGCUGGAAUUGUUGUAAAAUUGGUUGAGGAAGGUUUAGUGGUUGUGGGCCUGGCAAGAAGAAUAGACCGAAUGGAAAUAGCAGCACGUGAACUAUCAGGUAAAAGGGGCACUUUCCACCCAAUCAAAUGUGAUCUAAGUGUUGAGAAUGAAAUAAUAGAAGCGUUUGAAAAUAUUAGGAAAAGUUUAGGCCCUGUACAUGUGCUGAUUAACAAUGCUGGAUUUGCUAAGAUGGCUCCGUUGGUAAAUGGAGAAACAGAAAAAUGGAAAGCGGUGUUAGAUGUUAAUCUUUUAGCCUUAUGUAUUUGUACAAGAGAAGCAAUAAAGGAUAUGAAUGAGCACAAUAUUGAUGGUCAUAUAAUUCAUGUGAACAGUGUCCUUGGACAUCGAAUUCCUGAUAGUUUUCCUUUAAAUGUGUACCCAGCUACCAAACGCGCCGUUGGGGCAUUAGCUGAGGUUCUGAGAUUCGAAUUAAACGAUUUGAAGUCCAACAUUAAAAUAACGAGUUUGAGUCCGGGAUUGGUUUCCACAGAAAUUUUUGAUGCUUAUGGAGUGAGUUUCGAGAAUGUCAGUGAAGCCUUAGCAGGAGGAAACCUGCCUUGUUUAAAUGUCGAAGCCAUUGUAGAUGGCGUUGUUUAUAUCCUGUCAACGCCUCCUAAAGUCAUGGUAUCUGAAUUGACGAUCAGGCAUACCUUAGAACCUUUAUAAAAAUUUAGACUUUUAUAACUCAAAAUGUAGUACCUUGCAAAAUUAGCUGCGUAUCAUCACUUAGAAUAGAGAAGAGAAUACACAGGUCGUCCUAUUUAGAAGCAACAUAUUAUCUUGCAAGAGAAUUGUAAUAAAUAGAGAAAGAGAAGAGACAUUUAAAUUCUGAAAAGAAGUUCUAUUUUUAUUAGUUAAGUCAAUUAGACAAAUUUUGCAUGCUA